UUGUAAAGUUAAAACAUGCUUUUCAUCAUUUUGUUAGUUGCCGGGUGCACCAUGGGGAAGGUGGUUCAGCAGGAAAAGGAAGAUGAGUCUGCCACGUGGGGCGAGAGUUCUGAAGAAUUUGUGGUCUCAGACACCUGGAACUCAGAUCCCUGCAGUGAAUUAGCCACCUUAUUCAACAAGAAACCCUGCAUUGAACAUCUGCGUCGGGAGACGUUAAAGGAGGAUUUGAUUCAUAUCCUGUCUUACCAGGAGCCUUUGAGGAGGGUGGUUAGAAAAUACAAACAUGUGAUUGAGACUGAACCAGAGUCUAGCUGGGAAGCAUCUGAAGAAAGUUCUCCAAGCUGGACAACAACCUCGACAUGGAUGGAAACUGAACCAACAACUUCUUCAACAUGGAUGGAAACUGAACCAACGACAGUUUGGAAGGAGAGAACAACAACAACAAAAAAAGCGGCAUGGCAUGAAAGAAAAGAACACAAAAAUAAAAAUGGCAAAAACAAAAAACAUUCAAAACCUGGAGAAAGCAACGAAUUCAAGAAAGCUAUUGAAUAUAUCUUAGUACACAAUAUAACUGGAAUAAACGGGGGGAAUGGCUCUGAUUAUUUGAUGUAAUAAAACAAUAUUGAGUAAAUCAAAUUUGUUAUCUGAUUUCUGACAUGUUCUUGAAAGUUUUGUUGUGAUAAUUUCCUAAAAUUGAAUAAAAAACAAGUAUUUUUAA